AUGUCUGAACGUACUUACGCUCCGUCUCCUUCCACGUUUGCCGAGGAUCCAGAUCGAUACCGCAAGGAUGGCCUCCACCCUCUCGUCAUUGGCGAUACUCUGAGCGACGGGAGAUACCGGAUUAUCCAUAAGCUAGGAUCUGGAAGCUUUGCCACGAUUUGGCUAGGCAGGGACACCGCUGAGAAUAGAUACGUAGCUCUCAAGGUAUUGUCUGCCGAAUCAUCCCUCGAUUACAAAGAACUUCACAUGUUGGAGGCCAUCACCACGGCCACUCACCCGGGCAUCGCAACCCUCCACGACAACGGCCGCCACGAGCCCUACGAGUUCAUGGUCUGCGAGCUCCUCGGCGCCUCCCUCCAGAGCCUCUUCUACCGCUGCGGGAGAAAGUUCUCGCUCAAGACGACGCUCAUGCUGGCCGACCAGCUGAUUCAGCGCCUCGAGGCGUUUCAUUCGCAUAACAUCUUGCAUAGGGACGUCAAGCCGGACAAUUUCGCCAUGGGGUUUGGCAAGGAUAAAGGGAAGACGGUGUAUAUCCUGGAUUUCGGCCUGGUUGGCGAUUAUAUGCACGACGAGAAAUUGGUUUCUGCGCCCAGCUAUGCCUUUUGCGGGACGUAUUAUUGGGCAGCUAUAGCAGCUCACCUGGACCGCUCCCAAUCUCCCAAAGACGACCUCGAAUCCCUCGCCUACAUGCUCAUCUACUUCGCCCGCGGCUCCCUCCCCUGGCAAGGCUGCGCCGACGCAAACGAGCCCACAAACCACAUGAGAGAGCGCAUCACCCGCCUCAAGCUCACCCUGCCCAUCGACCUCAUCUGCAAAGGCCUGCCCUCUGCCUUUUCUCGACACCUCAUGUAUGUCCGCUCGCUCACGUACAACGACAAGCCCGACUAUGCAAAGCUGAGGGCCAUGUAUCGGAGGCUGAUGACGCGACUGGGAUAUGAAUAUGAUGGAGUCUUUGACUGGGAUUUGAUGGAGAAUGGCAAUAGCAACAUACAGCAGCAGCAAGAAAAGGAACAGGAGGUGAACGCAAAACUCUCUGGGGCACAGGACGAACUUGUCGCAAAAAAUGUCAAAGAAGAUAAAGAAGACGAACUUCCUACAAGGAAACUCAGAUUGAGAGUGAAAAAGGCCAAGCCAGCUGCUAAAACGAUCAAAAAAGGGAAGAAAGAGGAGGAUGAAGAUGAGGCUAAACAGCAAAACAAGGAAACCAUACGGCCAAAGCGCAGAAUCAUAUUCAUCAAAAAGGCAGACAAUGAAACACCCCCUCUUAAAAGACAACGAACCAAACCGGCCCAGGCAGAGGAAAAGACAAAGAAAGGCAAGGCCGUUGCAAAGAAAACCCCCGGAAACAAGAUUGCUGCCAAAAAAGCGCCGCAGAAAAAACCGCGCGCUCGGAUCAAGGCAUGUUGAACAAAGGGUCCAUCAGAAGCAUCAUAGUUGGAGAUUAAUAUAUACAUGUUUGUACGAGAUGGUACUUUGCAUUUCAGACGGGUGGCGUAUUUGGUCAGGGACAUAUUUUCCACAGAAUAGAGUAGAAGACAAGGAGCAUAUAAAACUUUCCAAUUUUUUAACAAGCCAGGCUAUUUUCCCUCAUAUCCUCCGUAAAAAUAAAGACCCUACACAACCCGCCAUUGCCAUCACAAGAAAAAGGGGUAUUUUGAAACCAAGCAAAAGUAUGCGCCGUCCCAUAUGUUGGAGGCAAAUCCGCCAGCUAUCCGCACACAUGAAAUCUUUCCGCUGCCCCUCCUACCGCCAGCUGAUGUAUCCCUUGACAUCGUGAUGCAUAGACGAACAGAAAAUCCAAUAGGAAAAAGAAAAAAGAUCAAAACAAAAAGAUAUACCAUGAAUUCAUAAAUGAAGAAAAAUGUUCCAGUCGCUUGCCAAGCUUUACAAGACAUUGCCUCCAGAGUUUAGCACGAUGCAGUUGUGUAGUAGGUUUGCUCCCUCAUGUAGCAGCUCCCAUCGAGAAUUGUCAAAGGUGUCCUUUAGGACCAUGAGUAACGCCGUGUUGCCGUUUAUGCCUCGCAUAUUUCUCAGCUCAUUUGGGUCUGUAACUCCGCCAUACUUGCUG